GCGGGACCCCGCCUCCCGCGCUCCUUCGGCCGCCCGCGGCCGGCGCGCCCUGAAGCUCAUCGGCUCCCGCCGAGGUCGCUGCGCCAUGGCUCUGGGGCCCUCCCUGACCCCCCACGAGGGCGCCCUGUCUGCGGCGUGACGGGCGGCCCAGCCUGGGGGCACCGGGAGGCCCGACCAGCCCCCGCCUCCCUGACCGCCCCCUUUGUUCCGGAGGCCGCCAGGGUCCUCGGUCCUACGUGAAACAGCUUGAUGCCCGCAUCGGGAGCACUGGGUGCCCAAAACGGUCGCCAUGGGCCAGUGCUACUACAACGAGACUAUCCGCUUCUUCUACAACAACAGUGGCAAGGAGCUCACUUCUCACUGGCGGCCCAAGGAUGUGGUUGUGGUGGCGCUGGGGCUGACGGUCAGCGUGCUGGUGCUGCUGACCAACUUGCUGAUCAUUAUGGCCAUUGCCUCCAACCGCCGCUUCCACCAGCCCAUUUACUACUUGCUGGCCAACCUGGCUGCAGCCGACUUCUUCGCUGGUGUGGCCUACCUCUUCCUUAUGUUCCACACCGGCCCGCGCACAGCCCGGCUCUCAGUCAAGACCUGGUUCCUGCGUCAGGGCCUCCUAGACACGAGCCUGACAGCGUCGGUGGCCACGCUGUUGGCCAUCGCUGUGGAGCGGCACCGCAGCGUGAUGACCGUGCAGCUGCAUAGCCGCCUGCCCCGUGGUCGUGUCAUCAUACUCAUUGUGGGCGUGUGGGUGCCUGCGCUGGCCCUGGGGCUGCUGCCUUCCCACGUCUGGAACUGCCUCUGUGCCCUGGACCGCUGCUCACGCAUGGCCCCCCUGCUCAGCCGCUCCUACCUAACUGCCUGGGCUCUGUCCAGCCUGCUUGUCUUCCUGCUCAUGGUGGCCGUCUACACCCACAUUUUCUUCUAUGUGCGGCAGCGUGUGCAGGGCAUGGCGGAGUAUGUCACCAGCUACCCCCGAUACCGCGACACCACACUCAACCUGGUCAAGACAGUUGUCAUCAUCCUGGGGGCGUUCGUGGUCUGCUGGACCCCAGGCCAGGUGGUGCUGCUUCUAGAUGGUCUGGGCUGCAAGUCCUGCAACGUCCUGGCCGUGGAGAAAUACUUCCUGCUCUUGGCCGAGGCCAACUCACUGGUCAAUGCAGUGGUGUACUCGUGCCGGGAUGCUGAGAUGCGUCGCACCUUCCGCCGCCUCCUGUGCUGUCUAUGCCUCCGCUGGCCCUUCCACGAGUCUGCCCACUACGCACCCACCGCCCAGACAGGCACCAGCACUCGCAUUAUGCUUCCGGAGAAUGGCCACCCCCUGAGGGACUCCACUCUUUAGCCAACCUCAGACUUCAGCAGGGGUGUGGCAAGAGCCGUAACACAGCCCCUCGCCACAGGUCGAUGCGCCCGGCUUUACCCAGUCUGUAGGCUUAAAGGCAGACCCUCAGUCUGGGGUAGCAUGGCACUACUGCCAGCCCUCCCCAGGCACACAACUCUGUCUGCCCCCGGGCCUGGGGGCUUGGGGUCAUCUCCAAGUGCCUGGAAGAGUCAGGUGGGGUUUGGGAAUCUGCUCUUCAGUCAUCUCAGGUUAUGGGUUUUUUUUAAUGGACAUUUUUUCUGUUUUUACUGUACAUCCCUGGUAGACCUCAUGGGCUGCUUCACGGCAGUGUGGGCAUUAAAGAUGGGAGAGAGGAGGGCAUACAUGCUGCCAGUGUGACAGGGUAACAAAGAUGGACCGUGGACGUACCAUUUGCCUGAGGCGGAUUCUUCAGGGGCACAGAUUAAUGGGUGCCGUGUGCAAGCUGGGAAAGGUUUGUGGCCCCCUGCAGUCUCUGCGGGUCUUCUCUGUCCUCGUUAGAAUUGAAGGGGUCCAAGGGGAGGGUGUGAUAGAAGGAGUAAACCUUUCUUUCCACUUUGAGGUCUUCAAAGAAUUUUCUGUUGUCAACUCAGUCUGUUUGUUCCUGUGUCCCAGAAUCAUCCAUCUCAGCUUGGGCAGGGCCAGGAGCCUUGAAUAUGGCAUCUCCUCGACCCUGUUCUGCUGCUUUGGUCUCUGUGUGGCUGUUACUCUACCUCUCCUGUUGGAGUCUUGCUUCCGUUGCCUUCUGCUCUGAGUCUAGGUUGUUAACCGUCAGGUGUGUCAUCCCAUUGCCCACCCCACCACCUGUAUACACACCUGCCGCCCGGGGUCAUGGGGUCUAUGGAGCAGGAUGCGGAUUUGAGAGUUGCUGUUUCUCAAGCUCCUGCAACGUGCCUGGUACACUGGUAAGCACUUCAGGAGCGUUAUUUAAUCAUCACCCAUAUCUUGCAGCACAAGUAUUACACUUAUUUUCAUGUGAGGGUAGUGGCCCAGAGAGGUUGGGAUCUGACCCAUGGUUACACAGCUUUGAAAAGGCACAGAGAUGCAUAAAGCAACUAAAGAGGCCCCUAGAGAAAGGGCUUCAGGUUCCCACAAAGUUUGGAGUUGGUCACAAGCUCACCCUGGCUUUCCUCACCCCACCCAAGGCCUCAGAUAUCCCAGACCCAGGAUGAGCCCCCUCUUGGGUGCUCACAGAGGCCUCAUGGUAGACACAGUGUAGACCAGGAUCUGGAUUCUCUGCUUCCACCUCCCCAGGGAGGAGACAGGGUUAUGUCUCUGCUUCAGGUUCACAUGCUCCAUAACGGGCAGAAUUUGAACACAGGCCUCUCAUCAGAAGCCGAAUUCUUAAAUUAUGAAAGCUCGUGUUGCCAAAGCUCCAAAAACGUCUAGGUCCUAUAUUAAAUGGGGUUGGGUUUCCCUCUGGGUAAACUCCCCUGCCCUAAGACAGCUCUGUGAGGAGGCACAAGUGACCUGGGGUGCCGGGUACUUCUCCAGGUCCAAGGUGAGCAGCAUGCCUCCUAAGGCCUCCAGAGGUGAUGGCCCGGGCAGCAUCUUCCACCACGUGCCCAGGCCCAACACAUUCUAUACUUGCUGUUUCUAUCCAGCUGUAGGGUUGCCUUGUUGGGGAGCUUUUGAGAUUGUUCUUGCACAGGCCCACAUCAGUUAUUCUCAUCCCCUGCUGUCUCUUUGGAGUUCUCCCGUCCAGCCAGGGAUGUCCAGAUGGGGAGUGCAUUUCCUCUGCAACAGCAAUGGGAAGAAGACAUCCCUGCUCUGAAGGACGCCCAACCAGGCUGAGGACCCUUUACAAGCCUGCAUCUGGAGUCUGUCCUCAGAGCAAACAGGCUCCAGAAAGUCCCAUGGCUUUGCAGAAGUGAUUCACAUCCAGCCUCUUUUCUCUUGCACGAAGAUCCUUCUCUGAAGUCGUGAGUGCUAAUGGCCAGAAACAAAGACCUGUGAAGAUUCGCCCAGACUUGGGGUGCACCGCGGGCUGGGCCCUGGGGAAGCAUCCUGUGUUCCUUCAGUAGCCAGGCGCUGGCAUUUUCUGCACCGGCAAUGCGGUUAGAGCAAGCAGACUGCACAGAUAGUGAAGGGACAUGGGGACUUUGGAAUGCACUUAGUUGAGACCCAGCCCAAAUCAGCUGGAGACGUCCUGUGUGAGGGAUACCAGUCUCCUUGAAUGAUCUUCUGACCUUCUCCGGCUAUACCCCAAGGUCUUCCUGGAAGAAGGGACAGUUUUUUGUCUUCUUGAUUUGGACCUUUCACUGAUCACAUGCUCAUUCAUUUCUUGUAUGGGACCAGUAAGGCAAAAAUGUUAUCUCGUUCGCCAAUGAUUGUCUGAGCAUUUUGCGCUGCAUGCAUAACCUUAUUUUUUUUAAUAAUAAUACGUUUCACAGUUUACAUAUGUUAUUUCAUUUGCUUCUUUUGACUACCUUUAUGAGGGAUUUAUAAGGAUCACCAGACUAGUGUUGAGGGCUCCUUUGUCAAGGCCAUCAGGCCUCAAAGUUCUUGCCUCCUCCCAGGGUCCUCAGCCAGUGUUUGAGUCAGGGGCCCCUGUUGCAAGCUCCUCCUCCCCCUGCCCCCACAAAAAAUGUGGUGUGCUUGUGUGCCACUCCCCCAGGGAUCCUGAAGCCUCAGGUGCCCUGGAGUCUGGAAACCGCCUCUCAUCAAAGGUUCAUGGACUUAUUUUUUGUCUAGUAGUGAGAUUUCCUAAGAAGUCAGUAUGAAAACUCUAGAGCCAGAAAUGUCAGAGUGAAAAGUUUUAAAAACCCGAUUGAAAAAAAAGAAGCAGAAUGGCCCACAGGGUCAUCCUGGAGACCCAGACUCCACACCUGAUACUCUGGGAGAGGCAGCUGAAGAGGACUGGCACUUCUUCGAGUCACUGUGCACCCCACAGCGACAGGCGGGUUAUGUGGCAGGACUGGAAGACUUUGGCCGCAGUGGCCCCCUCCUCACCCUUUGCCUGCAGGUGUACACUUGUAGCCUAGACGGCUACACCAUCCACCGUGGUAGCCACUCACCAUGUGUCUUUUCAAGUUAAAAUGAAAUAUAAUUAAACAUUCAGUUCCUCAGUUGCCCUAGCUACAUUUCGAGUGCUCAGUAGCCACAUGUGGCCAGUGGCUGCCACAUUAGUACAGACAGAGAACAUUUCCAUCAUUGCAGAAAAUACUGGACAGUGGUGCUCGCGAGCAGUGGCCACGCAGCAGAUCUCUGUGGAAUCUUAUUGCAAUGCAAGUUCUGAUAUACCAAAUAGCAGGGCUUGGUGGGGCCCAGGGGUCCCCAUUUCUAACAAGCUCCCAAGGGCGGCAAUGCUGGUGAUCCCAGACCACACUCGGAAAGGUCAUGCUCUCAAGAGUGGAGAUGAUAGUGUCCUGUUUAUUUCAGUUUUCAUAAAUCAGUUUUCCAAGUAGAUGGUUAGUCUGGCAAUUGGAAGUUAUUUUUGAGCCAAGGUUGUGUUUGUAGCCAUAAUGGAUUUUAAAUUAGUCACAAGGGUCACAUAUUAGCAUUGCUUGCCUGUUUAAUAUAGAAAUAAAACUAGAAAUGAAUAAAAUUCAGAGUAGUUGUUUUUUUGGUUUUUUUUUUACUCUAAAUGAAAUUCUUGGCCUGGGGCCAUGAGCCCCUAUUGUUUCAGAGUCUGCUCACAUUUCCAAUCUUAGAAAUUUCUAUCAGGUUUCAGAAGUUCCAGGGUUGUUUCUGCAUUGCUUUAUGUGGUCUAUAAAGCUACAAUUCAAAUUUGUGUUUGUAGAACUUGAAUGUAAUAGAAAAUGACUGCUGGAGAAUGGUAAUGAGGUUUUUAGGACAAAAAGACAAUAUAUGAAAUAAAGUGAAUAAAAGUGUGACAGAGAGUAGUUACUGUUGUAUCAGUUUAGGAGCAAGCGAUAUGGUAUAUGGGGUGGUGUACCUGAAACUGAAAGAUUAUAGUUAGAAGUUGGCUUUUAGGCUCCGUAACAGGUGCUACAGUUAAGGCCUCCAUCGCUUUUCUUAGAAAAGAUUUCUCUGAACUUUUUUUUUUUUUUUUACAUUUGUGAUUUGUUAGGUGUUUUCUGAUAGAAAUUUGCAUAACCUUCUUAAAUGCUUAUUUCUUAAUAAGAAAUACUUAAAUCCAGUAUUUCUGCAAAUUGACUUUGCUUAAAUAUGAAUUAAGUUCUAGUUAGUAAAGGGAAAUGAUCUAAUUUUCACUAUCCUUAGAACUUACCCAAGUAACAAGGCACAAAAAGUCAACUGAAUGGUACUUGGCUUGCUCCCUCUGGAGCACAAAUAAGGGGCCCAGGACCUUGGGAAGUACGCCCAUUAACACAUGUCAGCCAGUGCUUCCAUCACGCCCAUUCAAAGAAUGCAAGAAAGUCAAGGGAGGAAUUUAUGGUUUGGAAUUUCCCAAAGCCAGAUAGUGUUAGCACAGAAGGACCUCACAGUCCAAACUAGGAAUAGAACUUCAGGGUUGAAAUUUUCUUUUUCGUUAUCCUUCAGGAGGUUCUUUAGAUCCUAACUGACCCGGUGCCGGCAGUCUUUGUUCUUCGCCUGCUUGCAGAUUUUAGCUUCGCCCUUAAAUCAGCCCACUUAGCUCGGCUUGGUCUCCUGCCAGAAGCAAGUCUUGCUGUCUUCCCCGUACUUUUCCUGAGGCUUGAAUUUUGUUGGUUUUAAAAUAGUUUCCUGAAGCUAUCUAAAAUCUGAGAUCACCGCAAAAUCCCUCUUGAGGUGGUUUUAUUAAUAAGCAAAGCGAUGGUGCAGAAUGUUUCAGAAAAGUUGCGCAAGUGAGCAGGAACCAUUCAUUCAUUCAUUCAAGUGACAGUUGCUGAGUGCGACCCUCAGAGCCCAGUGGUUGAUGAGGAGGAUGACAGCCAUGAUUUCCCCCCUUUACAUCUCUCAAUAGCCCUAGGAAAUGGUUUUUCAGAGUUUCUAGAUGAGGAAUUGGACUCCAGGUGAGGGUGGAGAUUUGGCCAUGUUCUCUUGACUCAGGUGCUGACAUGCCACCCUCCCUGAUACCCCAGGGCUCCCAUAGCCUCACUAGAAUAAGAGGUCACUUCCUGCUCAGAGGAGCUUGGAAGUGAUCAGGUACUUCGGAAGAUCUGACAGUCAGGCUAAGGCUUCAGAAUAUGCCUUUUAAAGUUCAUCCUCCUGGAUUUGAUUUCACUUACUCAGCAAACCUUCAUUUUUGUGCCAGACCGAGGGGUGCAACGAUGAUUCCCAAAAAGCUCAGGCCUAGAGUUCAGGCAAAGUCAGCCUGGGGGACAGGAGCACACUCCAGGGAGGUGACCAUGAUCUGCCAGGCUUUGCCCAGGCAGAGAAAGAAGGCAUGGCGUUCAAGGCUGAGGGCACACACCUCUGCAGGGAAGGCACAGAGCGUGAAUGCACGCAGUGUGGCUCCAUCGGGCGAGUGGAGGGCAUGACCUUCAAAGGGGCACUCGGCUGGGGUGACUGCUCGCCUCAGCUGCUGUCCCAGCAGGUUUUGAACUUGCUUGGCAAGGAGUGAGCAUGCAGUUUGUCCUGCUCCUUGUAUAAGUACUUCUCGAAGUGCUCUGACCUUCCUGAGUUACUGGUCCUGGAUCAGAAGGAUCAGUAGUCAUUAGCUCCUCCAUCAGCUCUUCUGAAGAAAUGUCCUGAGACAUUUAUCAACUGUCUUCAGACUGAGCCCCCCGGUGGUUUAAGGGCUCCUGCUUUUAUUUCUCAAGGAAGCAGCUUUCUCCUUCAUAACUUCCUCCUGUCCAAAUCUGUGUCUCUUUUGGCCUUUGGCCUUUUUUAUCUGACUUCCCUCUUCUCAUACAGCACUAAUUAAAACCCCCCUGCUUUUCCUCAUUCCUAGCGUGGAUGAGGGCCCACAGUGCAAUUGGCCCAGAAGAGGAGCUCUCGGGGGGCUCUGGGGGAUCCUGGCUUCUGCUCCCUUCCCUGGCUGCGGAGCCCCAGGGUUCUCACCCUGGUUCUCCUCCACUCGCCCCAGGUCGGUCUGAGACAUUGGCAUGCUCUCUAUCCUCCAACUCUCCAUUUCUGCCCUCCACCAGGCUGGUGUCUCUAGCUUCUACCUUCCCUUCAGUUCUCAACAGGCCUUUGCUCAGCUCAUGUGCCAAGGAAGGCGCUGGCCUGGCGUUUCUGAAAUGGAAAGCGCUCGCUGAAUUGCCAUCGGAUGAAGGCUGCUCUCUUCGGCGUGCUCUGUGAGAUCAAGAAAAAGACAGGAAUCUCACGGCAGGGGUGCCGCGCCCUUCCUGUGCAUCGGUCAGGGGUCCGUGCUGUCGACGUAUUGCAUCCCUGGUGGUGCUGACCCCCAUCGCUCGGGCAAGGUUAAUAGCUCUUCCAAGAUGGUUUACAAGAGAGGCCACCCGGUAAGAAGACGUCACUGAGACCCAAGUCCAUCAACAGAAACGUUGUCCCUUGGUUUCUUAGAGUGAGUUGGUCUCUUGAGGUCAGUUUUUUUGAGUUUUCUGUGCCACUUUGGAGCACGACACUUCAGAUGUGCUGGGGGCUUGUGGAAGGUGUUUAUGUGACACGAAAGUAUGUUUCUUUCUGGGCACAGUUUUAGAUCGAGCUGGACGUGUACUUGACGUGGGCAGUAGCCACAAGCAGCCAUAGGGUCUGAAUUCUGCUUCGCCUCCGGCUGCCUGGCCCUGGCCCAUGCCUGAGCCAUUCUCUGCCCUGGUCCUCGUCUGCGGGGACGAGGGUGGCACUCAGCUCACGGUCACUGAGGCCUGCGUGAGUCCCCACAUUCAAGCUGUGGGCACAAUGCCAGCUUCCAGCAGUUAUCAGGUGAUGCUAAAGGAGCAUUACCUUUAAGUUUCACCCAAAUGCUGUCAGGAUGUGAUUUUUUUUACUCUUCUACUGUUUGAGUAUUUUUUAUUGUGAUAAAACAUACAUAAAAUUUACCACUUUACCCAUUUUUAAGUCUACAGUACAUUUUAGUGGCAUUUAGUGUAUUCACAUCAUUGUGCAGCCAUCACCACCACCCAUUUCCAGAAGUUUUUCAUCAUCCCAAAUUAGGACUCUGUCUCCGUCAAACACUAAUUCCCCUUCCCCCAACCCUGGCUCAUGGUGCCCACUAUUCUACUUUUUGUCUUUAUGAAUUUGACUCCUUGAGAGACCUUAUGUAAGUGGAAUUAUACAAUAUUUGUACAUUG